GGAACGAGGGGGCAGUGGGUGAUCCCACAGGUGAACAGGCCAGUUUAAGACGGGGGCUUCUACUUCUCAUUGGUGACCAUUCACUUCUGGUAGAGCCAGAUAAUGGAAUCUUGAGAGGUCUUCUGGUUGUAUCACAACAGAGGAGGAUAGAUCUGACCAUGACCUCCAUGUCCUCCAGGUGGUGGCUCCAUGUUUUGUGCCUAGUUAUCCUUCAGCAUGUGUGGGUAACUGCGCAAGAGCUGUCCCCGACCAAUGAGACAUACUUUGGUAACAUUACUGCAUGGCCAGAUGGUGACAAAACAACUGGAACCCCCAGCCCUACAGUACAGAUGUACCCAAGUCAUAAUACCACAAGACCAGACCAGGUCUAUAUCACCAGUGAAGAAACAUCUGGGACCCCCAAUAGCACUCUAGAGACAUACAGGAGCAAUGUUACUACAGAACCAGACCAGGUCUACACCAAUAGCAAAGAAACAUCUGGGACACCCAAUAGCACUCUAGAGACAUACAGGAGCAAUGUUACUACAGAACCAGACCAGGUCUACACCAAUAGCAAAGAAACAUCUGGGACACCCAAUAGCACUCUAGAGACAUACAGGAGCAAUGUUACUACAGAACCAGAUCUUCACUAUAUCACCAGUGAAGAAUCUCUCAGUACUGCUCUAGAGACAUUCUCAAGUAAUGCUGCUACAGGACCAGACCUCUAUAUUUUUGAGGAUACAUCUAGAACACCCAACACUACAAUAUACACAAAUAAUGUUAAUACAGGUCCAACCAUGAUCAGAGAAGAGACAUCUGGAAUACCCAACACUACUCUAGAGUCAUACUCAAGUACUUCAGGACCACCCUUGACUUUAAUCAGUGAGGAGACAUCUGGAACCUCCAACAUUACUGUAAAGCCAUACCUAAAUAACGCUACUACAGGAACACCUCUGAUCAGUGAAGAGACAUCUGGAACAGCCAACAGUACUUUAGCCUCCUACUCAAGUACUACAGGACCACACUUGACCUUCCUCAGUGAGGAGACAUCUGGAAUCUCCAACACUACUGUAGAGACAUACCUAAAUAAUGCUACUACAGGACCAACCUUGCUCAGUAAGGAGACAUCCGGAAUGCACAACACUCCUGUAGACUCAUACUUAAGUAAUGUUACUUUAGGAUCACACUCGACUUUCAUAAACGAUGAAACAUUUGGACCCCCUUACACUACUCAAGACUCAUACUUAAAUAAUGUUACUUCAGGACCAAACCUGAGCUACAUUAGUGAUGACACAUCUAGAACCCCUACUUCUGGAUCAGACUUGACUUAUAUCAGGGAGGACACUGCCGGGACCCUCAACACUACUGCAGAAACAUACCUAUAUAAUGUUACCACAGGUUACAUUAGUGAGAACACAUCUGGAACCCCCAACAGUACUCUAGACUCAUACUCAGGUAAUGCUACUUCAGGAUCACAUCUGGCCUACAUGACAGAGGAGACGGUCGGAACCCGCAACACUUCUUUGGAGACAUUCCAGAAUAAUGUUUCUAUAGGCACAGAUCCGGCCUACAUCAGCGAGGAGUCCACUGCAACCCCUAACACAACAUCCUAUACUUCAGGCGUUACUAAACCACCAGAUGUGGUCUACACAACUAGUGAGGAACCCGCACCUGAGGCCCCCCACACGACUCUACAGACCGGAGGAGCUCCGUACAUCAGUGCAGUGUACUGUGUGCAGGAUGAAGACUGCCCCCCAUUCACCAUGUGCACAGGGCCGGGGGGUCUCCGUGUGUGUCAGUGUCACCUGGGAUCUUAUUUCCAUCAUUACUUGGGGUGUAUCACAGCCAGAACAUUCCUGGCCAGGAUUCCUUCCUCCGUUUUGUACUGGGAUUCAAUAUCAGUGAACACGACUGGACGUAGCAGUAAUGAGGAUGAUAUCAGACAUAUGGAGGCCGCUCAGUACCAUUCUGACAUCUUUAGAGUGCAGGUCUUGUUUCAGAAUGUUUUUGGUCACAUUCCGGGUUAUCUAUCUACGUCGGUCACUGAUGUCGAGUUGGAUGAAGGUCACGUGACAAUCGCCCAUUCAUUCUCCACCCUGUAUCCAGUCUCUGAGGAGGACGUGUGGCGUGCGCUGACCGUCUCCCCUCUGCUCUGCGCGGAACCUCAUCCCGACUGUGUGUCUCCGCUGACCAGUGACAACUAUAAGGGUCUCAGCCUAUGUGACUUUGACAUGUGUGACUCCUCCUCCAGUGCCUGCCUCAUCCACGGGGGGCUUGUGACCUGUGAGUGCCGUCCAGGAUUUUAUAAGUUCAGCCCCAUGGACCGCUCAUGUAGAGAAUGUGGAAGCGGAUUCCAGUGGACAGAGAACGGGUGUAAGAGGUGCCCAAUAGGAUUUGGUGGUUUCAACUGUGAGGAAUCAUACCUAUUGGUGGUGAUUGUGGAGUCCUGUGUGGGCUGCGUCCUCUUGGUCUCACUGAUCACUCUGCUCGUCUUUUACUUCAGGAGAAAGGUGCCUAAGAAUCCUACGUUCAUAGACAGCAUUGUCCUAGGGGUCCCCACUGAUCAACCAUCCCUCCGGCUGCCAAGGGCUCAGUUUUCAUGGAGAAGAGAGUGGGAAUGGAACGAACCACCAGGAAAAGUCCUGACAGACAUCCACCAAGAGGCAGCUAGUCAGGACGGACCAGCCAUUCAUAUGAAAACUUUUGGAGUUCCGGCAAGGUUUUCCUCACCAAACAUCGAUCAUGGCCGCCAUAAUCUAUCUUUUAUCAAUGAUUAACCAGAAGAGCUCCUAUAAAGAUACAGAGUCUUAUAAUAUAUGUGGCGCCAGUUAUAUCUGUGAUAUGUGUGAUACCUGGUCAGAAGGCACCAGGAGAGAUCAUGGAGGGGUUGACCAAACGUGAUCAAUGUAUAAUGAAAACUUUUGCAACUUUCUAAUAUACUUUGUGUUUCAAUGUUUAA